GUUUAGUGGUUAAAGACAUUUGUUAGUUCUUUUUUCCAAAUAAUUAGGCUCAUUCAUCUGGAAUCAUAGCAUGAUCUGGUGAACCAGAAUGAAUGCUCCUCAUUAGCCUGACAAGUCCUGGCUGUCUGUUAGGGAAAGGGACCCAUGAAAGAAUGCAAUGCCUUGAGACACUUAUAUAACAUCUAUUUGCGACUGUAAUGAGUAACAUGGCAAUUUAUGUUGGCGAGCAUCUGGGCAGCAGACAUCUGGGUGGCCCAAAGCGCAGCAUGUGUCCAAAUUGUUUGUUGUUGAGAUGAUACAUGACAGGUCCAAGUGAGAGAUGUUGAGAGCGUUUCUAGUUGGAAACGUUUCAGUUGGAAUCCGAAUUAAAUAAAACGUGAUGUUGCAUAAGAAUCCAACGGUUAGGGUUAGACUAUGUGACAUUUAAAUAAUUGCUAGACGUCGCCGAAAGCAUAUAGUAAACUGAGGAUUAAGCAAACACUCGGUGCAGAACGGCAUUCCUCUAAAAUCACCAGCCAGUUCAUUGGAUGAUGCGCAUGGUAUACAGCAUCUCCAGGAGAACAUCACGCAUCUCCAGACGAGCAUAAUACAUCUUUAAGGAGCUCUGCCUGCUGGUGCAUCCAUUGGCUAGCUGGAUGUUCCACUAGUGCUUGUGAUUGGCCAUACUUAAUGAUCCUUGUCUUAUCAUUUGCCCCUUUAAUUUACUAUGAAUGUUGUAUGCAGGCGGAAUAGCUGCUGAUAAGUUUGAAAUAGCUUAGUCCUGGAUAAGACGUGUGCGUGCGGGAAAAUUAUAUUUCCUUGCUGGGCUUAGAUUUUUCCAUCACCUAUAAGGAUGCUUCUAUCCUGGAUUCGGAUGGGUAUGAAUGGUCUCAGUCGGAUAUUCACAAUGUAGAUAUUUUUGCUGCAUGUUUGGUGAGGACUAUUACGCAAACAAUGUUUUGCGCUAAACUGAAAGAUCUGAAGAUUGCGGGUGAAUGUCCCUUCUCUAUGGUCGUGGGAAAUGAGGAACCCGCGGACUUUGAGGAAAGCAAUGCGGUGAAUGUUUUGCCAGUAUCCAGAGAGGUGCAGGGCAAUAUCACAAACAUUCUGCCCAGACGCAAAAUAAGCCGGAGCAAAGUUAAUCUGCAUUCACUGGGCGAGAGCAUCCGAAAGCUGGUGUGCCCGGAGUUCGAGAAAUUACGAAAUGCAUUGUUCAGAGUUAUGAAACAGGAGAUAGACAUGACCUGCCCUGUAGCAUGCAGUUCUGAUGUAUCUCAGACACUGGACAAUGCUGAACAAUUAUCUGAUGUCAUGAGAAACUACUCCCUUAAAACAGGUAUCCCCAUGGAUGCGCUUAAGAUUUCUCUGGGUCUGGAGGUGUUUCGGGACUGUUAUGAGGAGGAUGGUCAUAUUCUUAGAGUGGUGGGGGGAGCUCUCCAUGAUUUUCUCAACAGCUUCAAUGUUCUCUUAAAGCAAAGCACACCACCCACCCCUGAAGUACAGCGUUACAUCCGCCAAGCCUCCAUCCUCUGUUUGGACAAAGAUCCAGGACUCCUGACCGUCUAUUACUUCAAUCCCCUCCCCACCACCGAGCUCUUCUUCCCGGGUAUCAUCCAGGCAGCGGCGUGUUUGCUCUACUGCACACGGGUAGAAGUCAGAAUGGAUGUUGGGGGUAAAGACAGUGGUGCUCUACAGGCCAAUCAUCAGCCCCAUCUGCUGUACUCGGUGGUAGUGAGAGAUGGCAGGAGCCUCACACCAAGCCCCAUGAGGACACACUCGUCUGGAGACAUUCCCCUCUCGCUGCUCUACUCUACUUUUCCAUUCCAUAUUCUCCUGGAUCAGGAAAUGGGCUUGAUGCAGAUUGGAGAUGGUUUGAGGAGGAGGCUCGGGCGAUGCAGAGAUGGUCAAAGGAGACCUGUUUUCAAUGAGCACUUUGCCAUUGUGUCACCUGAAAUACGAGCCAGCUUCCAGGAUAUUUUGACCAUGCUUAACACCCAGUUCGUGCUACGGGUGAAACAUCAUGGAGCGAGCUCUGCUGACAGCCCUGGAAAGCAUAUGGACCUGAAGGGGCAGAUGAUCUUCAUGUCAGAAAUGAGCGCGCUCCUCUUCCUCGGCUCCCCGUGUGUGGAUAAGCUGGAGGAGUUGACAGGCCGGGGCCUCUACCUCUCUGACAUUCCCAUCCACAAUGCACUACGAGAUGUUGUUCUGGUUGGGGAGCAGACCAAGGCCCAGGAUGGACUAAAAAAACGCCUGGGCAAAGCCAAAGCUGCCCUGGAACAGGCACACCAGGCCCUGGAAGAAGAAAAGAGGCGAACGGUAGAGCUGCUCUUCACAAUAUUCCCAGGGAACGUCGCCCAGCGCUUGUGGCAGGGACUUCCUGUGCAGGCGAAAAAGUUUGAUCAUGUCACCGUGCUGUUCUCAGAUAUUGUGGGCUUCACUGCAACCUGUUCACGAUGUACGCCCAUGCAAGUGGUAAACAUGCUCAGUGAGCUCUACACUAGGUUUGAUCACCACUGCGGUGAGCUGGAUGUGUAUAAGGUGGAAACCAUUGGCGAUGCGUACUGUGUAGCUGGAGGAUUACACAAAGAGAGUCCGACCCAUGCUGUCCAGAUUGCUCUCAUGGCUCUGAAGAUGAUGGAAUUGUCGGAUGAGGUCACGACUCCCAUGGGGGAGAUAAUCAAGAUGCGUAUCGGGAUCCACUCUGGCUCAGUUUUGGCAGGUGUGGUCGGGGUUAAAAUGCCCCGUUAUUGCCUUUUUGGCAAUAACGUCACAUUAGCCAACAAGUUUGAGUCCUGUAGCCUGCCAAGAAAGAUUAACGUCAGUCCCACCACAUACAGAUUGUUAAAAGAUUGUCCAGAGUUCACUCUCAUCCCCCGGAGAAGAGAGGAUCUUCCGCCCAACUUCCCCAGUGACAUCCCUGGAGUUUGUUACUUCCUCCAGGCUCGUGAUCAAAAGACAAGUGCUGCUUACAGAGGCUGUGCUACAGAGGAAACUCAGCCCAGUGGAUGAAAACACAAAAUCUCUCACACAACAAAUGCUGGAAACAGUGGGUUAAUACUGCCUGUCAGUCUCUGUAUCUUUUUAGUUGAGCCAGAGGUAGUUUAUCAUCCAACUGUUGAAUGUUGCCAAAAAGCUAUCAAAUAACACUCAUUAGAAGGGUUUCACUGAGCACUGUUUUUCUUCACAGUGGCAUUAAGUAUGAGUCCUGUGAUUUUGAUCGCCUGAACAUUUUUUGUUUUAAUAAAGUAAUUUAUUUUGACUUCCUAACUGUAUACCAAAAAUCUAAAAAGCAGAGAAUGUCAUCCACAUUUAUAUAUAUAUAUAACGAUUGACUGUUUCUUUAAAUGCUAUAGAGUCAAGAGAGUGAAUCAUUUAUAGUCUAUAAGAAUCAGUUCAAUAAUCUGAAUAGAGCACAUGUCAUUGUAGUACACAGUAAAGAGGAAGAAAAGCACACAGUGAAGCAUCACCUCAGCAGAGCCCAAUCACUAUCAUCCUUAAAGGCACAAUAUGUAAAUUUUUACCGCUAGAGGUCAUUAAUUCAAAACAAAGGCGUAGCUCGAUGAGGUCUUGAUUUCGCAGAAUCAUGCGAGGUGUUGUCUUCACGUCUACAGUUGGUGAAAAAGAAACGGGAUGAGACUCGGGCAGAAAUCAUGUUCACGGAAGAUAUUAUUAAUGUUACUACAGUAUGAAGCAGAGCAGGGCUGAGUGCUGUACGAGCAGAAAUGAGGCUGCUGGAGUGAUUGCUAAUGAGAGACGAGUGUGACACACGUCUCGAGAGCAGUGGAACUUUUAUUAUGCCGCAGUCGCCGCUUUUGCUUCUUCCGGUCAAGUGUAUGUGGGGUAAAGCAGCAGAUACAUUUGUGUAUUGAAAGCUGUUAUAGUGCUACUGUGUUUGCUCUGUGGCUACUAUGAGACAGUUAAUGCACAGUGCAGUAAGCUAGAUCGAUAUUAGGCAUGGUAAAACAUCACUGUAAAUCAAGAAAACGAGAUUUAAAUAAUAAGACUUACUGUGUUGAGCUAUAUAACAUGAUUAGUUUUCUAUUCUAGUGCAUUGUUCUAGUGGUUUUUGGAUAUUUUUUAUCCAAAAAUCUUACAUAUUGUGCCUUUAAGCUAAACAUUGUGACAUUUUUUGUAUUGUAAUAGAUCUGUAAUAAACAUGCUUUACUCAA